GUGUGUCGAGAGUACCAGCGUGGCAACUGCAACAGGGGAGAGAACGACUGCCGGUUCGCGCACCCCGCCGACAGCGCGAUGAUCGACACCAACGACAACACCGUCACCGUCUGCAUGGAUUACAUCAAAGGGAGAUGCUCACGGGAAAAGUGCAAAUAUUUCCACCCUCCUGCACACCUGCAAGCCAAGAUCAAGGCUGCCCAGUACCAGGUUAACCAAGCUGCAGCUGCCCAGGCAGCAGCGAAAAAAAAAUGA